AUGUCUGCUAAAACUGAUAUAGCCAAGAUUGAGAAAUUCAAUAAGUUGAAAUUGAAGAAGACAGAAGCACAAGAGAAAAGUCCACUGCCUUCCAAAGAAACGAUUGAACAGGAGAAGCAAGCAGGCAAAUAG